GUCAUUCUCGUCGUCAUCUUUUCCUCGGUCGGUUCGGUUCAAGUUCGACGGAUCUCCAGAGCUCGCAGAGCUAAACGAGAAAAAAUAACGAAACGAAACCUAAAUUCCGCAAGGACGUGGAAAUUUGCACGGCCCGUGAUCGGUUCGACCCGUAGAAGAAGCUAAUCCGCGCGAGUGCCAUCGGGAAGGGAGAAAAUCUAAGUUGAAAAAAUCGCUCUUCGGUGGGGGGCCAGAAAAUUGCACCUGUGUCAUUGCCUGUGUGUAGAGUGCGUGAAGGAAAAACUGGUCCUUGGGGGUUGUGCUAAAGUUGCAACAGCAUCAAGGGGGUAGGAGGUGGUUCGCGGCAAGGUGCUCUGCUCGCACUGGUGGGUCAAGGAGACUUGCUAGCUGCGUGUGCAAUUACAAGCGAGAACAGGCAGGUUUCUUUUCCUUCGGAGGAUUCCAAGGGGGGAAGGUUAUUGGACCUGGUCCAAGUGAGAGCACUUGGUCAACGAUUGUGCAAUAUUGAUUCUCCGAGGUUGGAGAAAAGGAAAAAGCAAGCAGCAGCACGCAGUUUAUUGAUUUAAGAGGACGGAACAUGAAGCCCUGGAAGCGCUGCCCCACAAAGGACACGACAUCAUACGACGUGUAACGAACACACACAACACACAUCUCCCGCCACACCACCGCCAACCGUCGUCGCACGCCACCGACCCACAAGCGCGCUGAAGGCUGCUGGUGUGGUGCUGUCUCCGAUGGCACAACCGAGCAAUAACAAGAUUACAUAAUUUUUUGUUGAUGUUUGGAGCUCGAUCGCGCAGCGCAGUUCUUCGACUUUCAGUGCCUAGCAGAAACCGAAGAAGAGUUUCGAUUUGUGGCGUUGAGUAGCGGCAGAGGAGGUGUGGAUUAAUUGCGCUAGGUUGAAGGAGAAAGAAGGAGCAACGAGAAUGGCACGCGCGGGAAGCAACAAAUGUCCCCACCUUGAGAACGUCGUCCAGCUGUCGCUGCUGGAGCUGUGCAAGUUGAAGAAGGGCGAACCAUGCUCGGAGUGCGAGGCGAACGGGCCCAACCUGUGGAUAUGUCUGCAGAAGAACUGCCUGCACAUUGGCUGCUCGGAGCAGUACAACGACCACAGUACGACCCACUACCAGCAGCAGCGAUCGCACUGCAUCCACAUGAACCUGUCGUCGCAGCGGAUCUGGUGCUAUCUGUGCGAGUUUGAGGUGUUUUUGGUCCAGCAGCAACAGCAGCAGCAGCAGUUGAGGCGAACGUCUGUUGUAAGUAAUGAUUCGAGCGAUGCCAGCCGGUACUCGGCGACGGCCAACGAGAAGCUGCUGAUGUACGGAGGGGGAGGAGGUGGUGGGGGAGAGUCCUGCGACAGUAGCUGCGAGGAGGACGAGUUUGAGAAGCAUGGCAAGUGGAACGGGCUGGUUGGGCUGCAGAACAUUGCCAACACGUGCUACAUGAACUCGGCGAUCCAGGCGUUGAGCAACAGUCCGCCGUUGACGGGGUACUUCUUGGACUGCGGGUCGAUCAUCGAGACGGACCUGUUGGGGAAUCAAACGGUGUCGAAGCCGGGCCUGGCCAAGCACUACCACAAGCUGAUCAAGGAGAUGUGGUGCAAGAAUCGUCGUUACGUCGUGCCGAGUGGCAUUCUGUACGGCAUCCGGAUCGUCCAUCCGAUGUUCCGCGGCUACCAACAGCACGACACGCAAGAAUUCCUGCGCUGCUUCAUGGAUCAGCUGCACGAAGAGUUGAAGGAGGUCACCCAGCAGCAACCGCCCGAUCUGCUCUCGCUGCAGGACCGUAACGGCGAUCCGGACAUUUCACCAUGUCCUUCACCUUCGCCCUCCCAAUCGGAAGCCGAGUACGAAACGUGCGACAGUGGUGUCUCAGAACAAUCCAGCCUGUCCGACGACGUCUCAGUCAACAGCAAACGCACCAGAAUGGUGUCGCGAUCGCCCAGCCCAGGCCAAAGACCGGUCCAAUCCCCCCACAGCCGACAGCAGUCCCCCAUCGGCAGCAACCGGAGCAACUCCAGCAGCAGCGGCAGCAUGACCUCCCAACAACAACAAAACCAGCAGCCCAACGAUUCCCAACAGAAGCAGAAGCAAACCAAGGACAAACUGCCCGAGCGAUCCAUCAUCAGCGACAUCUUCGACGGCAAGCUGCUUUCCUCCGUCCAAUGUCUGACCUGCGAUCGCGUCUCAACGCGCGAAGAGACAUUCCAAGACCUGUCCCUCCCAAUCCCCGGCAAGGACCACCUAGCCGUUCUCCAUCAAAACCACCCCGGAAUGCAGGCCUCCCCUCCUCCCCACCCACACCCUCACCCCCAUCCACCACCAACCGCUGGAAGCAGCACCGGCAUAACCUGCUCGGACGCCGUCUAUCCCGUGUCCGGCGACAGCUGGAUGUGGUGGUUCUGGAACUGGCCCUUCUGGAGCUGGAUCCGGUCCUGGUUCUGGGGGCCCGCCGUCUCCCUGCACGACUGCAUGGCGGCCUUCUUCAGCGCGGACGAACUCAAAGGCGACAACAUGUACAGCUGCGAAAAGUGCAACAAACUGCGCAACGGCGUCAAGUACUCCCGAGUCCUAGCCCUCCCGGAAAUGCUGUGCGUCCACCUGAAGCGCUUCCGGCACGACCUCUCGUACAGCUCGAAAAUAUCCAGCCCCGUGCACUUCCCCCUGAACGGCCUAGACAUGCGACCGUACCUGCACAAGGAUUGCAAGUCGGAGGUGACCUCGUACGAUCUGUGUGCCGUCAUCUGCCAUCACGGAACCGUGGGCGGAGGUCACUACACGAGCUUUGCCAAGCACGAUCCGACCGGGAAGUGGUUCGAGUUUGACGAUCAGCUGGUGACGCAGGUCAGCCCGGAGGAUGUGCAGAACUGUGAGGCGUACGUGCUGUUUUAUCGGAAGAAUAACGCCAAGAUGACCACGAUUCGGGCGCAGGCGAGCGAUUUGAUCAGCGUGCAGGAGCACGCGUCGGACAUUCGGUUCUACGUGUCGCGCAAUUGGUUGCAUCGCUUCAACACCUUUGCCGAGCCCGGCCCGAUCGACAACUGGACGCUGCUCUGCCCACACGGAGCGUUCCCCCCAAACAAGGCUCCCUACUUUGCCAAACUGGUCGUACCCAUUCCGCAGCCGUUGUGGGACUUUUUGUACAAAAAGUUUGGCGGCGGCCCCGUCUGCAACCACAUCUUCCCGUGCCACAUCUGCAAAAAGGCCGCCGAAUCUCUGUCACGACGUCAGCGGGCCGAACUGGAAGCGUUUACCGCGUGCAACGACGAGUAUCAGGUAAGGGUUAGGUUGUUGGAUUUUGGCCGGUUAAUGGAGUCUUCUCUCUUCUUACAGUACAACGAAACGCCAACCACGAUCUACGCGAUCUCGAUGGCGUGGUUCCGCCAGUGGCAGCUGUUUGCGCGGGGCGUCACGACUGACGAGCCGGGCCCGAUCGACAACAAGACGAUCGCCGUGCCGGGCGAUACGGCCGUCCCGCUGCGGAGCGUCCGCCAGGGCUCCGAUUACGCCCAGAUCAACUCGACGCUGUGGCAUUUCUUCCAUGGCAUUUACGGCGGCGGGCCGGAGAUUGUACUGCGCGGAAAUCCCGUUCCGCCGCCGGAACCGAAGGUGCAGAAGGUCGUCAAGGAACGCGACGUAGAACCGAUGGACGUGAGCGAACCGGCACCACCGCCCUCAAAAACCCCGUCGAUGGCCAGUGCCCGCACGCAGGAUUCGGCCAUCGACGUGUCAAUUUCCGAGAUACCACCACCAACUGCCGCUGCGACCACCUCAACCCAAAAACCCCAGAAGAGUGUCUCGUUCGAGGACAACGAAGGUUACGCCGAAACGGACGGCGAUCAGCAGCACGAAGCGGCGGCCUCCUCGCGGUCGUCGUCGGUGCAGCUCAAGCGGAAGCAAAUGAAGCUGCAAAAGGAGCAGCAACAGCAGCAGUCCAAAGAGUCCAAAAAGAAUGGAAGCGAUCAGGAUGGUUCUGGGGAUGGAGGUGGCUUGGUUAAUACGUACCUGCGGAGGAAGCAGCUGAAGCAGCAGCAGCAGGUUACGGCAGGAGCUGCAGGUGCUGGGGAUGUUGGAGGGGCAAGCGGCGUGGUGGAUACGCUCGAGAUUGGAGGCAAAAAGGAUCGACGGCAUCGGGCUGGGAUGAAGACGAACGGGUUCUUCGGGCCGGAAGGUGAGUUAGUUACUUAUUUAGUGGCAAUACAAUGUAAUAUUCCCGCGGGUCCCAGACGCACAAAAACUUCUUAGACAUUGUCUCUAAAAACACAACUCGGAGCGUAAGGUGGUAUUGCCCACGACUUUUCCUCCCUUGUAGAUUCAGAAUUGUGUUGUUGUAACACCCCGUGCUCAAACUCAACCCUGUUCAACGAAUCAGUUCUAUGGUAAUCUUUACGCAGUGGGCCUGACCGCGUUUUUUAAUUUGGUUACUACUUUCGUGAAUUUUGCGAUUUCGGCGUAUUUGGCGCGUUUUUUGGUCCGUCGACUAGCGCGGAUUUCCAAAACUGAAAAUUUGUAUUUUUUGUUCAAAACAUUAUU